CAAUUAUUCGCUGCAGUUAGCCUAGCUGUAUCCGCAAGCUAUUUGGCUGAUGAUUCAGUGAUGCAUAAAGGAAAUAACUAACACAAUAUUUGUGUUACGUGCAUGGCUUGUAGUGUUAGCUAGCUAAUUUGGCUGUAGCCCUCGUACACAGCGGAAUGAGGUCCCUUUUCAUUAGACUGACAUCCAUCAACUCCUAGGACCACUGGAGAAAUGACACAGUAUUUUUGAGCGAGGGCGGAGACUUCACCGUUUGUCACCUCGGACCAUUCCUGUCACGCUGUGUAACAACUGUACCUCCUCUACGCCUCCCACACCCCUCCACCCGCUUCUCCCCCCCCCCGCACCCCGUCUCCGCCUCCCCCGUGCCCCGUCCCCCGCUCCUCGAUCCAGAGCGUGCCCGGGCCACGCCGCUGUGCGGCCCUUCCCCCCGUCGGCGGCCCCCGCGGUGUGUUGGCGUGCGAUGGCGCGGCGGGACGCUGAGGGUUGGCGCGGCGGGCUGUGAUGUCAGAGCCCAGCAGCCCCGGUGAGAGCCAGCGUGGCGCUCCCAGAUUCUUCGUGGGCUGCGAGGACGAUGAGAGCGAGAGCCUGGACGACUGCAGCAUGAGGACAGACAUGGAGCUGUACGAGGACGACGAGGACGCCGACUCGCCCCCAGAGCGGCAGAUCGUGGUGGGGAUCUGCUCCAUGAUGAAGAAGUCCAAGUCCAAGCCCAUGACGCAGAUCCUGGAGAGGCUCUGCAAAUUUGAGUACAUCACCGUCGUCAUCUUCCCCGAGGACGUCAUACUCAACGAGCCUGUGGAAAACUGGCCCCUCUGCGACUGCCUCAUCUCCUUCCACUCCAAAGGAUUUCCUCUAGACAAGGCUGUGAGUUAUGCCAAACUCAGAAACCCACUACUCAUCAAUGACCUGAACAUGCAGUACUUCAUACAGGACAGGAGGGAGGUGUAUCGCAUCCUGCAGGAAGAAGGGAUCGAUUUGCCGCGGUACGCCGUAUUAAACCGGGACCCAGACAAACCAGAUGAGUGUAAUCUGGUAGAAGGCGAGGACCACGUGGAGGUGAAUGGGGAGAUCUUCCAGAAGCCGUUUGUGGAGAAGCCCGUGUGCGCUGAGGACCACAACGUGUACAUCUACUACCCUACCUCAGCUGGCGGCGGCAGCCAGCGCCUCUUCCGAAAGAUUGGGAGCCGCAGCAGUGUGUACUCCCCAGAGAGCACUGUGCGGAAGACAGGCUCCUACAUCUAUGAGGAGUUCAUGCCCACAGACGGCACUGACGUGAAGGUGUACACCGUGGGGCCUGACUACGCCCACGCAGAGGCCCGCAAGUCGCCCGCCUUGGACGGGAAGGUGGAGCGAGACAGCGAGGGCAAAGAGAUCCGCUACCCCGUGAUGCUCACUGCCAUGGAGAAGCUGGUAGCUCGCAAAGUGUGCCUGGCGUUCCAGCAAACGGUGUGCGGGUUUGACCUCCUUCGAGCAAAUGGACACUCCUUUGUCUGCGAUGUCAACGGCUUCAGCUUUGUGAAGAACUCCAUGAAGUACUACGAUGACUGUGCCAAAAUCCUUGGGAACAUAGUGAUGCGGGAGCUGGCUCCCCAGUUCCACAUCCCCUGGUCCAUCCCCACUGAAGCAGAGGACAUUCCCAUUGUCCCAACCACAUCUGGAACUAUGAUGGAGCUGCGCUGUGUUAUUGCUAUAAUCCGGCACGGGGAUCGAACACCCAAACAGAAAAUGAAGAUGGAAGUCAGGAACCCAAUGUUCUUUGAGCUGUUUGAGAAAUAUGGAGGUUACAAGACAGGGAAGCUGAAACUGAAGAAGCCCAAGCAGCUACAGGAGGUGCUGGACAUUGCCCGGCAGCUGCUGGCGGAUCUGGGACAGCACAAUGACUGCGAGAUCGAGGAGAAGAAGUCCAAACUGGAGCAGCUGAAAACCGUCCUAGAGAUGUAUGGACAUUUCUCUGGAAUAAACAGAAAAGUACAGCUCACAUACCUGCCCCAUGGUCAACCAAAAACAUCCAGUGAGGAGGAAGACACCCGAAAGGACGGCCCGUCUCUGCUGCUGGUGCUGAAGUGGGGCGGGGAGCUGACUCCGGCCGGCCGGGUCCAGGCAGAGGAGCUGGGCAGAGCCUUCCGCUGCAUGUACCCCGGAGGACAAGGUGACUAUGCUGGCUUCCCCGGCUGCGGCCUGCUGCGGCUCCACAGCACCUACCGACACGACCUCAAGAUCUACGCCUCCGACGAAGGCCGAGUGCAGAUGACCGCGGCGGCGUUCGCCAAGGGCCUCCUGGCGCUGGAGGGCGAGCUGACGCCCAUCCUGGUGCAGAUGGUGAAGAGCGCCAACAUGAACGGACUGCUGGACAGUGACAGCGACUCACUCAGCGGCUGCCAGCACCGCGUCAAGGCCCGGCUCCACGAGACCAUGCAGAAGGAUGAGGACUUCACAGAGCAGGACUUCAACAAGCUGGCUCCAACGAACAGUCCAUCCCUGGUGAACUCUAUGAAGAUGGUGGAGAAUCCAGUAAGGACAUGUGACCAGGUUUACGCACUUAUCCAAAGUCUGACCUCCCAGAUCCGCAAAAGACUUGAGGACCCCAAAUCAGCAGACCUGCAGCUCUAUCACAGCGAGACCCUGGAGCUGAUGCUGCAGCGCUGGUCCAAACUGGAGAGAGACUUCCGCAUGAAGAGCGGCCGCUACGACAUCAGCAAGAUCCCGGACAUCUACGACUGCGUGAAGUACGACGUGCAGCACAACAGCUCCCUGGGCCUGGAGGACACGCUGGAGCUCUUCAGGCUCUCCCGCGCGCUGGCCGACAUCGUCAUACCGCAGGAGUACGGCAUUAACAAGGUGGAGAAGCUGGACAUUGCCUAUGCUUACUGCCUCCCGCUGGUGCGGAAGAUCCAGCUGGACCUACAGAGGACACACGAGGACGAGUCGGUCAACAAGCUGCACCCUCUGUACUCCCGAGGAGUGAUGUCACCAGGACGUCACGUGAGAACCAGACUGUAUUUCACCAGCGAAAGCCACGUGCACUCCCUGCUCAGCACCUUCCGCUACGGAGGCCUGCUCGAUGAAGAGAAAGACCAGCAGUGGAAACGUGCCAUGGAUUACCUCAGUGCCGUGACUGAGCUGAACUACAUGACCCAGAUUGUAAUCAUGCUCUAUGAAGACAAUAACAAGGAUCCCACGUCGGAGGAGCGCUUCCACGUGGAGCUGCACUUCAGCCCCGGGGUGAAGGGGUGCGAUGAAGAGGAGAACGCGCCCCUGGGUUUCGGCUUCCGGCCCGCCUCCGCUGAGAACGAGCAGAAGCAGACGGAUCCAGGCAGCCUGGAGGACCUCUCCCGAGACGAGCCCGACCGCGCUCCUCUCUCUGAGCCAAUCAGCAUCCAGAGGAGAUCCCCACUCAUACGCAACCGCAAGACCGGCUCCAUGGAGGUCCUGUCUGAAUCGUCCUCCUCCAAGGCUGGGGGCUACCGACUCUUCCCCUCCGGUUCUCGUCAGUCUCCAGAGAUGAAGCAGAGUGGAUUAGGCUCUCAGUGUGCAGGACUCUUCAGUACCACCGUCCUAGGGGGGUCCUCUAGCGCCCCCAACCUGCAGGACUACGCUCGUACACACCGCAAAAAAUUCUCCUCUGGCAGUCUGUCCUAUAAAGACGAGUUGUUGUCUAUGCCGGCAGUAAAGCGAUUUUCUGUGUCGUUUGCAAAGCAUCCGACUAAUGAGCCCCUGGAGGAGCACCAUGUGGCCCAGCUGCUGCGACGGUCCUCCACUGACCUGGCUCUGCGGUACCCCCUCUUUCUGGACACUGCUCUGGCCCGCCACCUGCACCAGUGCUCCUACCACCUGCGCCUCUUCCGAAACUGGUUAAUCUCCGGCCAGGACACCAUAGAAUGCUUCUACGGGUUCGAGGGCUGCUCCAUGGUGCCCUCCAUCUACCCGCUGGAGACGCUGCACAACUCUCUGUCGCUCAAGCAGGUGGACGAGUUCCUCACGGCCGUGUGCGAGAGCUGUGGGGACUCGCACUCCCGAACCAGCAGAGCCCUCUCUGCCAUGUUUGACUCUAACAGCCAGCCGUCCGUGGACGCCUACAUCCCGCAGAGAGUGCUGUCGUCCUCCGUGUCCCUGCGUCAGCGCGCUGAGCGCCCCGCCUGGUACAGCAGCGGUCCGUCCAGCACCGUGUCCAGUGCCGGACCCUCCUCUCCCACCACGGCCGACACCUCCCCGCGCUUCAGCUUCAGCGACAAGACCCCGCUCACCCCCCAGAGCAGUGAGGAGGCGCACGGGGGGCAGCAGGGGGGCAGCCAGACCACCCCACCCGCUAACUGCCCCAACAGCACGCCCCCUGACCCCAGCCCCACCGCCACCUCGCCCGUCACGGCCGCGCAGCCCGGCAACCGGCCGCCCGACGACGGCGAAGCUCCCGCUGACCUCGCCCACGGGCCGGACGCCGAGGCCCAGCAGGCCUGGGGCCCCGCGGAGGCCUCCCCAGACACGGGCGAGAGCCCCCCCUGCUCCCCGCUGGCCCAGCUGGGCCUGGAGCGCAUGGAGUCGUGCUGCGGGCCCCUGGGGCCCCUGCCCGUCCUGCUGGAGCUCCGGGAGAGCGGCUCCGAGGCGGGCUCCAGCACGCAGACGCCCCUGACCCCGGAGGACCCGGACGAGUUCUUCGACACGCAGGAGACGGUGGAGGUGUGGAAAGACAUGGGCGCCCCACUGGAGCUGGGAGCGGCCAAUGCCCCGGAGCCGUAGGCCCUGGGAAACGCGGAGAAAGGGAGAGGCACAGCUGCCUGAGUCAUCUAGCAUACGUUCAGUGUGUGUUGUCCUGAAGGUGUAUUACAAUGUGGUCAAAUGUACGCUACUCAUACUGCUGCUGAACCAGACAUCUGUUUAGCACGGCACCGGACACCAAGUCUUGAGUAUCAUAGCUUGCUUUGCUGCAGCUCUAUGCAACUACUAUAUAGAGAAGAAAAGAAACUCUUCAUUCUUGCAAUGUUUGUGGUGAGAGUUGCACAUUCACCCAUUUUCUGCAAGGAAGCAAUGCCCCUGCCCCCAGCGUAGUCUCAAUCUCCACCUCUCUGUAUGAGCUGAACCCUGUGGAGUGAAGCACUCAAUGCUGCUUUUCUGGGCUCAGUCUAAUGACAACCGUCUGAAUACACCUGACCACUGUGUGUGCUUGUGUCAGCUACGCGCUCUACCCGCAAAUGAAUUUUCAGCUGUCUGACAAAGCCUGGCAACUUUGCUUUUCCGUCUUUGUUCCUCACCUGUUUGGGAAGGCUGUUUCCCACUCAAUAUUUUCCUCCACGGUGACUCAAGAGUGGCCAGUGGAUCAAGCUAGAAACUGCUCUUGUUCAGCAGACAGGUGUUUUCUGGGGUGUUUGAUAUUUCUGUCCAGUGUGGGAUUUUAUCUUGUUCUGUUCAUUUCCAAUGAAAAGUAUUGACCUUUUAUGUCCUUGUUUAAAAAUGGUUCUUUUGAAACUGCAUCAGGUCUUCACCACUAUCUGCCUCUUAUCUCUACCCUUACUGCUGAAACAUUGUACAUGUCGAGGGACGAACAUGGUCAUGAUCAACGGUCACGGUCCACUGUACUGCCAUUCUAUCGCAGAUUACUCAAACUCUAUUUUGAACACAUAUUUUAGGAAAAGAAACAAUCACUUGACUGCUUUCUUGCCAAAGUUUUUUAAACUAUCAUCUGCCACUAAUAUAUAAAUAAUUAUAUAUAUAUUUUUUGACUGCAAGCGUGGACUGUGAGGAGAAAGGUAGUAUUUUUAAUGGCUUCGAAAACACAAAUUCAUAUCAGGUUUGUAUUUUUGUAGCAUUUGACAUCACUAAAAAUGAACAUGAAAAUUAAUUACAGAACAGCUUAUUUGCCAUUUAUUAUUCUGCCACCCUGAUUAUGGCUCACAUGUGUUAGCAUAAGAGAGUUUUUGAGAGUUGUCACCACUGAAGUACUGCUGUUUUUGUAACUUGAUCUAUUCUUUUUAUUUGUGUGUAUUGUACAGUAUUGGCAAUAAGUUAAAUGAGAUUCUGUAUUUUAUAAUUGGAUUUAUUUAGAGUGUUCCCUUUGUAUAGUAUAGAUGCUGAUUUAUGUAGAAGAAAAAUGUUAUUUAAUGUCAAUCAGAGAAAGGAAUGCUGCUCAGAAGCAAACACUGUAAAAUAUAUGUCAAUAGAUGUGGGGAAAAAAAUGAACAACAUUAAAAAUGUCCUUGAUCAGA